AUGUCCAACUACCCUGACAAUGAGCCACAACACGGGCCAUCAUUACUUAAUCCAACAGAAUUAAGCAAGGGACCUACAGCACACAAGCCUGGCCACGAAAGAACUGGGUCAGCUUAUUCCCAUAAUUAUUCAUUGUUAGACAUAUAUGGGUUAGAAUCCCCGGUUCAAGGAGACGAUGAAAGUACCGCAUCCGAAGAUUUGCAUGAUCCCGCGGUGUCAACUCAUAUGAAGAGUUUCGACGAUCUUGACUUUAGAGAUCAUUCCCAAGACCACAAUACCCUUGUAACACAACUGACAUAUAAGAUACCCGAUAUAGAAAUAAGAGAGAAUUACGUCAUGAAAACAACCCCCAAUAAUGAAUCAAAAGUAUUAAAUUCACAAUUUGAUAGAUAUGGUUUCAAGAAGUCUUCGAAUGUCAAUGGAAUCGAUCUAGAAACUUAUAAUGAAUGGUUUAAAGACUAUUCGGAAUACAGCCAUCGUCAUAAAAAGAAAUGGGAGUUAUUAAUGAAAAAUCAUGGAUUGCAGCUCCUGAAGCAUGAUCCAAUACCUACAAGAUUCCCACCAAAGUCAGAUAAAGUAAAAAAGAUGAUAAGGAGAGGUAUACCACCUGAAUGGAGGGGUAAUGCUUGGUUCUUUUAUGCGGGCGGGUAUGACAAAUUAAACAAAAAUAUCGGGGUUUAUAAUAAAAUUGUGGAAGAUACUAGAAAUAUAAGCAAUAAAAAUACUGAAGUUAUUGAACGAGAUUUAAACCGUACAUUCCCUGACAAUAUUUAUUUUAAUUCCGGAAUACUCCCAGAUGGAUCUACAAGUGACAUGCCACUUGAGUCUAGAGAGGAAACUCAACUAAUUAAAUCUUUACGUCGAGUCCUAGUUGCAUUUUCAUAUUAUCAACCCCAAAUAGGGUAUUGUCAAUCGUUGAAUUUCUUAGCUGGGCUCUUGCUAUUAUUCAUGACUGAAGAAAAAGCAUUCUGGAUGUUAGUUAUCCUAACAGAACGUAUUAUCCCCAAAGUUCACUCCCAAAAUCUUGAAGGUGUACAUACAGAUCAAGGGGUGUUGAUGUUAUGCGUCAAGGAGUAUAUUCCUCAAUUGUGGUCAAUUUUAGGUAAGAACUUUGAAGGAGAGAAAUUGUCUAAAGAUAAGAUCUUAACCAGAUUGCCACCAGUUACUCUAGUAACUUCGUCGUGGUUCAUGUCAUUGUUUGUCGGAAUCUUACCCACUGAAUCUACAUUACGAGUCUGGGAUAUCUUAUGGUGCGAAGGAUCCAAAACGAUAUUUAGAUUCUCAUUAACAAUUCUAAAAUUAUGUCUCGAUAGUCCUGACUUUCAAGAAACCAAACAAAACUCUGGUGGCGCUGAAACUGAACAAAUCGAAUUAUUUCAAUUCUUGCAAAACUUUCCUAAGAAGCUAGUAGAUAUAAACGGGUUGGUUGAUCUUUGCUUUAAGAAAAUUGGAGGAUAUGGAUUUGGAUCCCUUUCACAAGAUGAAAUUAAUAAUUGUCGAGAAUUCGUUUCCAAGCAGCGAGAAAAACUCAAGAAUAAGCGAAUAAUGUCUACGUCAAUGACUGAGGAAGAGAGGAAUAGUUUAAUGAAUUCCUCGGAUGGAGGUUGGAAUACUGAUGAGGACGUCAUACAUGAUGUAUACGGUUUUCAUAGACCAAUUAUGGGCGGUGUGGUUUGGAAUAGGAGUAUUAGCAAUAAAAUGAAAAUUAGAUUUUCUAAAAGGAACUCGAAACCAUAG